AUGAUCUUUCGGAAUAACAGGUUCAAUAAGACUCUAGUGCCUUUCUGGGCGCCCCUCGGCGCACCAGGUCGGCGUUUGCUCCAGACCAGACAGAACUCUCUGCCAGCGGCAUAUUAUCGCGGUGGAACCUCAAGAGCGGUCUUUUUCAGACAAGAGGAUCUUCCAUCCGAACGCAAGCACUGGGACUCGAUCUUCCGGGGGGUAAUUGGCAGUCCGGACCCCUAUGGUCGGCAACUCGAUGGACUUGGGGGCGGCAUCUCCAGUCUCUCCAAGGUGUGCGUGGUGGGCCCGUCUACACAUCAUGACGCCGAUGUGGAUUAUACGUUCGUGUCGUUGGGUAUCAAAAACACAGAUGUCGACUACUCGAGCAAUUGUGGGAACAUGAUCAGCGCCGUUGGCCCUUUCGCGGUAGAUUCAGGGUUAUUAACCUUUGCAGCGAAGGGUGCAGGGUCGGCCAAGGUUCGUAUCCACAAUACCAACAGCGGCAAGAUAAUCCACUCGUUGUUUCCCGUCGUCGAUGGCGAGGCUGAUUCCGGUGGUGACUUCUCAAUUGAUGGGGUGGCUGGCACUGCCGCCCGUAUUCAACUCGAUUUCAUCAAUCCGGCAGGCUCGGCAACAGGCAAACUACUGCCAACCGGACACGCAACGGACACGAUUGACGGCAUCGAGGCUACUUGUAUUGAUGCUGCUAAUCCCUGUGUAUUUGUGCGAGCCUGUGAUCUCGGUGUGGAUGGGAACUUGACGCCAGAUGAGAUCAGUGCUCACCGAGACCUUCUUCGCCGGUUGGACUCUAUUCGGCGCCAAGCUGGCGUCAGGAUGGGUCUCGCAGAGACCAAUACCGCUGUCCCGGGCAGCAUCCCGAAGAUCUGCUUGGUUGCAGCACCUUCGGCCUCAAAUGCACGGGACAAAGUGCAGAAACAAACCUCUACUGAUAUCGAUCUCCUUGCUCGGGCGCUCUCAGUGGGUCAGCCUCACAAAGCAGUUCCGAUUACCGUCGCUCUUGCCUUGGCUGCUGCGGCACGAGUACCGGGCAGUACAGUAGCGGAGGUAGUUAUAGGCAAGGAUCUCGUCGAUACGUCAGGGAUUACAAUUGGCCAUGCCAGUGGUAAUCUGUUGGUCGGUGCUAGCUUUGAUGCAGAUGGUACGUUGAGCUCCGCAACCGUCUUUCGUACUGCACGACGCCUAUUUGAGGGUCGUAUCUUCUGGAAGGGUGAGGGCUCAAACUAA